GUCACGAGGCCAGAGAUCCAAAAUGGGAGGCAAGCUCAGCAAAAAGAAGAAGGGCUACAACGUGAACGACGACAAGGCCAAAGACAACGACGCCGCGGCGGAGGAGAGCGAAGAGCCGAAGGACGCCAAAGAUGAGGCCGCGGCCGCCGCCGACGCCAAGGAGGUAGCCAACGACACGGCGGUGGCCGCGGAGCCGCCGGCGGACGCAGCGGUGACCGAGGAGGAGGAGAAGAAAGACGCCGCCCCCGCCGCCAAGGAGCCCGAGAAACCCGCCGCCGCCAACGCCGAGCCCAAAAAAGAAGCGCCCAAAAGCGCAGAGCCCGCCAAGGCCGAGGAGAAACCGGCGGCCCCGGCCAAAGAAUCGUCCCCCGCCGCUGCCAAGGAGCCCGAGUCUAAGGCCGCAGCUCCCGCCCCGGUGGUCGAGAGUAAAGAUGAGGCCGCCGCCAAAAAGACUGAGGCCCCCUCGGCACCAGCAGCCAAAGCCGAGGCCCCAGCCGCCGUUAACCCCAAGCCCACUGAGGCGUCAGCGGCGCCGACUCCCGCACCUGCAAAGGAGGCCGCCACCCCUGCAGCCGCCACCCCUGCAGCCGCCCCUGCAGCCGCCACCCCUGCAGCCGCCCCUGCAGCCGCACCUGCAGCCGCCCUUGCAGCCACACCUGCAGCCGCCCCUGCAGCCGCCACCCCUGCAGCCGCCCCUGCAGCCGCACCUGCAGCCGCCCCUGCAGCCGCCCCUGCAGCCGCCACCCCUGCAGCCGCCCCUGCAGCCGCCCCUGUAGCCGCCCCUGCAGCCGCACCUGCAGCCGCCCCUGUAGCCGCCCCUGCAGCCGCACCUGCAGCCGCCGUAGCCGCUGCCCCCAGUUCAUCAGCAGCCGCCGAGCCUCCGGCCAAGGAGGCGACCGCCGCAGUGCCACCGAGCAAGGAGCAAACCGUAGCAGUUCAAGAUUAAUGGACAGCUUCUUUUGGGGAAAAAUAUGAAGUUCCUAACUCGACGACAGUGAAGAUAAAAAUUUAAGUAAAUAUACACAAAUUAAAUUAACCAGCCCACCUAUGUGAUGAUGAUGAUAAUAAUAAUAACUGUAAUGAUAAUGAAUUAUUGAUUGAAGACUGGAGCAAAGCACCGGGAGAAGUUUCCCACCACUGCAGAUGAUUAUUGCUCUUAUCAUUAUUAUUGUUAUGUUUUACUCUUUACUUUCCUGCUGUAGUAUUUUAACUUUGAAUACGAGUCUGUGUCGGCCAUCUCCGCCUCGCCAUCCCACAUCCAUCGUCCGGACGCUUAACCCGACCCCCUUCUGGCUCGCAGUGGAUUUCAGAAGAUCAAAGAUUGGGGUCAAAAAUGGGACUUGAGGAAAAGACAGGAAAUAAAUCACUUUACCAGCCGGACCGCCUCAACCCGGGUUCCUCCGGUCUUUCUCCUGGUUCCCUUUUUUUUUUACCCCAAAAGGGAGUUUACAUCUCUUUGAAUCUCUUGUGAGGAGUUUGAAUGAGGAGUCUAGAUCUCCUGGGAGGAUUGAGGACCCUCCGGCUUCCUGAAGACUGUCGGCGGUCGCACCAAGCAGAACUCUGCAGAGCGAAACACGUUCUUAGGCAUAUAAAAACAUAAAAGACGUAGGAAUUUUUUCAGAUAAGCUUCUAGAUUUUGUACUGGAACCCUUGGCUAUAUUGUAAGUGAACUAAGAGGGUUUUUUAACAUUUGUAAAACACUUCUGCAGAGCCUCGCUGGACCCGAUCCCCCUCGGUGUUCUCAGAAAGUCAGAGAGAAGUCUCUGAUCCUCCAGUAGGGAACCGAUGAGAUGGUCUAGAAGACGUUACCCGGGUGCGACCGGCUCCACGUCCUACAGGUGGCCCCAGGAGGCCCCGUCGAUGACGGGUCAAACUCGGGAGUUAGCGCUCUCUCCUGGGGUCGUCUUCUGUUCCCGGACUGAAAGAAGGACUCGGGUCCUUCACUUCCUCCAGUAAAAGUAAACAAAUACCAAUUAAUUUGCAUUUGGGAGACAACAUUCUAAUCAAAGCUCCUUCAACCAGUGGAUCCUUUUUAAACUGGCACCACCAGGGAAACCUUCAUGUUAAUAAACCAGUGGACCAGUUUGAAACCAGACCGGCGGCUCUCGAGACCCGAUCCCUCGUCUACCGGCCGACUCCAUCUACCGGUCCAGUAGGGAUGGACAAAGCCUUGCCCAUGAAAAUGGGAACUUCUGAUUUUGUUAAUUUUUCACCCCUUGUGCAUUUUCCUUUAUUUUCAAUCAAUAUAUAUAUAUAUAUAUAGAUAUACAUACAUAUAUAUCUAUAUAUAUGUAUGUAUAUGUAUGACGUGUACAUAUAUGCAGCAGUGGACGUAAAUAGGUACUAACUAUUACUGUAGAACAAACCUCAUAUUUACUUCAAGGUGAAAGUACUAAAAGGACAAAGUUUACUCUGAGCUGUAAGAAGGUUUUCAUGAGUGGAAAUGUCAUAUAUUGAGAUUAAUAACGUAAAAUGGAGUAAAUCGGAUCCAUUUCUGUUCUAUCGGACUGAACACGAGAGUGUUUCUUCAAAAAGGAACUACUGUUUAAACCCCCCACACAUUUGAGGUCAAACCUAGCGUCCACCUUGGCACAUAUGUAGAUGUACACGUACACAUGUUGAUAUUUAUUCAUCUUUCAGUUCCAACUGCCGGCUGCGGUUUCCUCCCGGCUCUCGACCCGUAGCAUCGCGACCCGGCGGAGCGUCGCUCGGCUCGCGUUCCCUCCUCUCGACUCAGUAACUUGCAUGUCCGUGGUUGGGUGAACCUGUAGUCCUGUCUUUUUGGUCAAGUGGAAACAAAUAAAAUACAAACAAAAAAAUUCUCGGUCUGCAUCCAUGGCAACGACAGUCGAUAUUUCCAUCCCGUGUUCUCGCCACCGCUAUCUCUCCGCACCACACGUUCAUUCAAAAGACAACAACAAUCGUAAAAGAUGGUCUGGAACUCGAUGCAUUCGAACUUCUAUGUACUUGUAUAAAUGGUGCAACGGUAAUAAAAUGUAAGAAAUUGACUGAAACUCGA